AUGGCAACGGAAUCAUCAAGAGAGUUAAUGAUCUCUUUGUUGAAUGGUGCAAAUAGUUCAGAUAAAGAUAGAUCCGACCUUUUAGCAAGUUCAUAUGAACUUAUUUUCCAUAAAGAACCGAUUCUAUUGGAUGAAUUUUAUAAUAGUUUUGUUGAAUUUGCAUUAGAUCGAUCACAAGCAAUCAAAAAACAAAUUAUACCAUACAUAGAAUCAAUUUGUAAAAAGUAUCCAAAAUUUUUAAGUAAUAGCGAAGCAAAUUUGAAAAUAUUAUUAAAUAGUGAUAAUAAAGCAAUUGUAAAAAGAGUAAUUUUAUGUGUAACGAAUUUAAUUAGAUCAACAUUAUCAUUUUUAUUACAACCUCAAUCAAAUUCAAUAAAUCAUGAGCAAUUAAUCAAUAUUUGGAAUUCAUUUAAUUUUCUUAGAGGUUAUAUUGUAAAUUUAAGUGCGUCAACAGAGGAUGAUUCAAUAAAAACAAAUGCAUAUAAAAUGUUUGAAAUUUUAAUUUUAUCAUUUUCAUCUCCUGGUGAAUAUAAGACAACGAAGAAAUAUAAAUCUGAUGAAGAAUUUUCAUUGGAUAGAGUACCAUUUGAUCAUUCUAUAAUAUCAAAACAAUUAUUACAAAAAGAUUGCGAAGAUUAUUUAAAUAUUUUAUUAGAUGCAGCAAGAGAUUUGAAUAAUAUGACUAGCCAAAAUAUAAUGAUAAUUGUAACAUCAUUAACGACAAUAGCAAAACAAAGAUUUUCAAUGAUUUCAAGGAUUGUACCAAUACUGUGUUCAUGUCCGAAUUUAAUACCAGUUUUUCCAAUAGUACAACAAGAAAGCGUUAGACAUUCAUUAAAAGUUUCAUUAUUAUCAAUAAUUCGUAUAAAGAGAAAAGAACUAUUAUCACCAUUCAUUUCAGAUUUAAUUCAAGCAUGUUCAAAAAUUGAUUCAAAAGAUGCUGCUGAUGAAGCUGCAAGAUGGUUUUAUCAUGAUGAACCUGAUAAAAAAAAACGACAUAACGAAGGUGGUCAUGAAUCUCAUAAAAAAAAAUCAAAGGUUGAACAUGUUUAUGGUGUUAAUGAUAAUGUAAUAGAAAAUAAUAAAAACAUAAAAAAUAAUCAUAAUAACGAUAGUAAUAAUAAUAAUAACAACAACAAUAAUUUUAGUAACAAUUUUAAUAAUUUAAAUAAUAAUUUUAAUACCGGUUUUAAUAAUAAUAAUAAUAAUAACAAUAAUAAUUUUAAUAACAAUAAUUUUAAUGAAAUUAAUAAGAAUAAUAAUAAUAUGUACAGUUCAAACUUUAUUGAGAAACCAGGUUUAAUUAUUGAUGAUGAAACUCAAGCAAAGAUUUUAGCAUCUAUUGAACAUCUUAGUCCAGAAUUUGUAAGAGAACUUGUUAUUGAAAAUAUGAGUCAUGUUCCUUUGAUUAGUUUAUUACAAGGAAUACCGUUUAAUCAACAAACUAAAGAGUUAUUUAAAUUUGUAGAUUCUUAUCAAAAUAAACAGAUUAAACCAAUUCAUUUCAUAAGUCCAUUAACACAACCAAAUCCAUUACAAUCUAUAAACAAUACAAAUUUACCUCAAUAUCCUUCACCACCUUUAAAACCAACAACAACAACAACAACAACAACAACAACAACAACAACAACAACAACAACAACACCUCAACAAAAUUCACCACAAAAUCAACCAACACCUUUCAUAUUAUCACCACCAGUAAACAAAUCUUUUAAACCACCACCAUCAUCCCAACAACCAUCACCACCAAUACUUCAACAACAAUCACCACCACAACAACCACCACAACAACUACCACCACAAAUACCUCUACAACCACCACAACAAUCAACACCACCAAUUGUAGAAACUCAAAUUAAAGUUAAAAAGGAAGAAGAUAGCGAUGACGAAGAUGAAGAAAAACAACUACAAGAAGAAGAAGAUGAAGAUUUAUUCUCAAAAGAAGCAAUGGAAGAAGAAGAAGAAGAUGAUGAAGUUGAUAAAAUAAUUAAAAAAGAAAAUGAACAACAACAAUUAAAAGAGAAAAUGGAAAAUUCAAAUUCUAUUAGUUCUUCAUUAUUUGGUGGUGGUGGUGGUGAUAAUAGUAACGGUAAGAGUGAUGUUAUACCAUCAUUUACACCAAGACCAACAUUUAAAGCACCACCACUUUCAAAAGAGAAACAAAAACAUGUUGGGGAGAGUGCAUUGGUUAGAAUUAAAAUAUCAGAACCUGGUGUCAUGGUUUGCGGUAAACAUGAUCUUUGGACUUCAUUAUUAUCUCGUAUACUUUCAAUUAGACCCGAUCAAGAAGAAUUACAAGAUCAAUUUAUAAAAUUUAUCACUCAAGAUUUUAAAAAUCAUAGAGAAUUAGCGCUUCAAUGGUUAUUCAAUGAAUUAUAUAUUGCAAAACAAAUUACACCAACAACAACUAAAAAUCUUAAUCCUGAAUUAGAAAAUAAUAAUAAUAAUAAUAAUAAUGAAAAUAAUGAAAAUAAUGAUAAUUCAACCACUGAAGCAUCAACAACAACAAAUAAAAAUAAAAAAGAACCAAAUAUGAAAAGAUAUUCAACUUUAUUAAAAAAAAUGAUAAAACAAAUGAGAAGUCAUUUCCCAAUUAAAGAUACAACUAUCGGAUCAUUUAUAUUAGAUUUACCAUUUAUAACCAAUCAAUUAUUACAUUCUAUAAAUUGUAAGAUUGUUGCUGAAUCUCAAAGUUUAAUUUAUACAAGUGCAACUUGGGAUAUUAAUAAAGUAUUUUCAAAUGAACAUAAUCAAAUACCAAUUGCAAAUGUUACAGCAAGUAUAAAAGAUCAUCAAAUUGAUGAAAAUGGUAAUCAAAUACCAUUGACAGAUGAUGAUAUGGACGCAGCAGCAGCAUCAUCAUCACCAUUACCUAUUGAUCCAAAGAUAUUACAAGAUAAAGAGAAUGAAUGGUUACCAAUUGGGUUGGGUAUAUUGAGAGAUUUAAUCAUUUGGAGACCAAAUGUACGUGAAUAUUGUAUAAAUAGUCUUUUAAAAUUUUCAAUUUCAAAUGAUGAUUCAGUUCGUUCACCAACAAUUAAUUUAAUUGCAAAUCAAAUCUAUUCAAAACAAUCUGCUACAGAACCAAUUCAAUUAUUUGCAAAGGAACAAAUCAUUCAUUUAAUUGCAAUCAAAGAUAUCGAAGAUGAAAUGGAAAUUCAAAAAUCAAAAGAUGCUGCCAUCAUCUAUAGUGAAUUAAUGAAUCAAGAUAAUAAUAUCGAUGAUAAUGCUAUUAAAAUUGAAGAAACUCAAUCAAUUGAAGAUAAAAAAAAACAUGAAGAAUUUGAAAAAAAUAAACAAAAUCAAAAAGAAGAACAAGAACAACCAAUGAAACUUGAUAAUCUAAAUGAUGAUUCAAAUGUAGAUAUUAAUACCAACACCACCAACACCACCACCACUACCCCCACAACAAAUACAACCACAACAACAUCAACAUCGACAUCAACAACAACAACAACAACAACAACAACAACAGAAUUAGAACAAUCAAUAGUACCAAAAGUUUUAACUAAAACUAGAGUAAAAGAAAUUAAAAAGUUUAUAGAAACAAGAGUUUCACUUUAUUUUGCAUUGAUUAUUAAAAAUCAUCAAUUAUUAACUGACCUUUUACAAUUAUAUCCAAAAUAUGAUGAAAAUAUUCAAGAGGUUGUUAAAAGACUAACGACAUGUGUAAUUAAACAUAUUGGACAAAGUAGUGCUUCAUUGUUACAAGUGAUUUCAAUUUGUCCAACUGGAUCAGAGGAAUUAACACUUGAAAUUUUGAAUGCAUUGGUUUUAAAUGAAAAACCAUCCAGUGAAUUGGUUGAAUCUGUAAAAACCUUACUAUUGACCAAUGGCGAUAUUAGAUUCCUUUUACCAGUGCUAACGGGUUUGAAGAAAGAAGAAGUUAUCUCUAGACUACCAUCAUUCCUAUCAAUGCCAAAUAAAACCGAUACCAAUCAAUUCAUUAGUGUUUUAGCAUCACCAGGCUCACCAUUAUCCGCUUCGGAAUUAUUAGUUCAAAUUCAUUUGACACCUGAUUCCUUAACUAUGAAAUCAAUGGAAGCUAUCGAUUUUUGUUUAGAUAUGGAAGAUAUUUUCAAACAAGAGAUUGUCGCUGCCACCAUAAAUCAAUUGAUGGCUCAGGCUCAGCUACCAAAGUUAUUCAUGAGAACUAUCUUAAAGACCCUUCAAAAAUAUCCACGUCUAAAGAUUUUCAUCGUUGAGAUUUUAGGUCGUUUAGUUGCUAGACAAGUUUGGAAGGAUAAAACUUUAUGGGAUGGUUUCAUUCGUUGUACAAAAUUGGCAAAACCAGAAUCACUAGAGGUUAUACUUCAAUUACCACCAACUCAAUUCGAAGAUGCAAUCAAUCAUGAAAAACAUCGUGAUCUCAAAUCAAUCAUUAUCAAACAUUUACAAUCAAGUAAAGAAAAUGAAAUUAGAUAUCCAAAACAAAAUUUAAAAACUUUGAAUUGGGAAAAACAUUCAACCACUUCAAAAUAA